AUGAGUUGCAGAAGCUACAUAGGGCAGAAAUUACAGCUGCCUGGUGCCCUUUCUGCUAAUGAACAGAUUUUUCCUGGACGCUUUUUCCAUCCUGAGAUGAAAAAUGAUUAUACAGAUUGCAGUCAAGCAAAAGCUCUAGUUUAUGUACCUCUUGAUGUGGAUGAUACACUGAAAUGUUUUAGAGAAGCUCUACAAAAAUCUAAAUAUCACAGCAGAGCACUGAGACACAGCAGAAAACUACUUUCAUUAUUUCUUGCACACACACAAGGAAUCCUUGAAAUAAACAGUCAGAGAGACCUCAAGGUUCAAGCUCUACAUGAACUUGGAAAUCUUCACUUUUAUGCUGGAAACAAAAGAAACUGUGUUUCGGCUUUUGACCUAAUCAGAAUUAGUUAUAACUCUGGCAAUAAAGGUAAAAUGAAGCGAGCCUUAUCUUCCACUUUGGAAAAUGUCAGCAAUAUGAUGAAUACGUUUUUUAUGUAUUACAGAGCUGCUUUUAAAUAUUGGUGUCAAGCCCUUGAUGAAACACUCAACAUUGCUGAUGCUCUUAACAACUGGCAAGAGCUAGGUUUUCCAAAAAAUGCUACAGACUGCUUUGCAGUUGGAAGAUUGACUGAUAUUAGUCAGAAAUUUCUUUCUCAGGCUGGAGUUUGGGGAUGCUUACAUGCAGCAGUCUUAGUAGCUAAGAUAGCUCAGUAUAUAACAACAUCAAAGAUGAAAUUAAGAACUAAAUACUGCUAUAUUUCUGCUAUGUUUUUUAAGACCCUGUUUAGAGCUUCUCUUCCACAUCCUACAUCUGACUGUGACUUUGCACAAUAUGAAACAAAUAUGCUUAUUCCUGGUAUCGACUUGUUCUCUGAUCGCUACAGAGCUGAUAUCUCUACGGUAGUUGCAAGCCUGGAUUUCAUUAUGUUUGAGCUACAUUGUGCAAAACAAAAUCUAAUAAUUUUACCAUUGUUCACAUUAUACCAGUACUUUGUUUCUGAGAUUUGUAAGGACGCAGCUAAAUGUAUUGAAGGAAGAAUCUUCAAGAUUAAAGUACUUACAGAUAUAGGAUUUUUUACAGAGGCCUUUCAUGAACUGUCUUUCCUUAAUUGUGGAGAGAGAAUUCCAUGGAAAAUACCUGCAGGAUACAGAAAAAUAGACCAAAUGAAGGCCUUACAGAAAUUUGACUCUUCAAAAUCGCUCCUGACUGUUACAAAUUUACAGGUACUGGAAGACGUAUUUAAUUGGAGUCUGUCUUUAACAAUGGUACCACUGUGCAACCAACAAAUUAUGAAAAAAUUAACCUUAGCCAAAAUGCAUUUCAUCAUUUGCCUUUCUGCCACAAUCAAUAAUAUACCUGAAAAAGUGGAAAAACAUGUCUAUUCUGUUGAUAUCAACAGCUUGGAGGAGCCAAGCAGAAUUACAGCAUCAAAUGUAAAAGUUGAUGCUGAUGAGAAUUCAAGACAACAGGAACAAAGAGGCACAAUGAUGCAGCUUGUUGCCUGUAAAGACGAAUUAAAUAUGGCCAUGUUGAAGGGGAUUUUAUUGACAGAAGCUGAAGAAAGUCUUAGCUAUCUUGUACGGAACAUACAGGACAAAUACGAUGGGGAGAUAUCUUUGUGUUCUGCUGAAGAUUUAGAGGCUCUUAUUGAGGCCAAACUUCAGCUUGCUGCUAUUUCUCAGCAAAGGCAUCAGGCAGCUUUCAAUGUUGCUUUGGCUUUCUCUGCAAUUCGAAUUCUCCAAGAUGCAAAAAUUUUUAGGAUGGAAGUGACACGUUUUCAAGAAGAAAAGGAUGAAAGGGGGUGUUCGGUCUCUUAUAUUGAAGAUGUUCGACUGCCUCACAGUAUAACAGCACAAGAUCAUAUUAAUGUACAUCUGUGGCUAAGAUGUCGUACAAUGUUAGUGACUGCGCUAGUAACGCAGAUACAUGGUGUUCGUAAUGUGGAAGAAAAUGAUGUGGCUGAACGCAGAAGUGUGAUAAAAGAAGUAAUACUGGAGGCAGAAGCCUUUGGUGAUAUUUUGACUCAGGCUGAAAUGAUGGUGCAAGCUGCUAUUCUUGACCUGCAAGAAAAACGUCCCGUGGCAGGCAUUAAACUUCUUUUGCAG